AUGGCAAAGAGAAUGGAUGACAGUGGGAAUGUCCGAGAAAAAGGCAUCGACCAGGCCAGCGGUUGUUCUCCGGCCAUCCGAUCGAUGGGGAGUGAGGUUCAUAAGCGAUUGGGAAUCCUUCGACAAUAUCCUCAAUUUUAUCCUACAGGAUCAGGUCAGGGUCAGGAUCAGGAUAGGAUGCAGAUGCAGAUGCAGAUGCAGAUACAGAUACAGCACGGUGUACUGGCGAAACAGGCGAUGGCUGGAGCUGGGCUUCCCCGCAGAACGAGUACUUGCGGGGUACUUCCUGGGGGCGCUAACACCGCCCCCCAGCGACCCCACACAACCCCACCAUUGAAAGGCGCGUGGUCACGCACUUGUCACUCUGCUGCUCUACCUCCGAAGUACAUGUCAAAGACCCCUAUGCAUCUCGACAGCCAUCGACAUCUGCCACCUGCAACGCACAACGCACAACACAUAACACACAACAUCCUGCACAUGUACAUGUACAUGUACACAGUUCCUGCUGUAGCCGCUGCCGGCUGUAUGAGCUCGAGAGCUUCAUACCGCAACCGCAACUACAACCGCAACAACAAUAAUCACAACCACAACCACAACCACAACCACAACCUCCGCAACAUCCGCAGGACGACACUUAUUCGUCUCAGAUGCCCACUCCAGCUCGCCACCCUUAGUCGUCUUCCCCGUCUGCCAUUCUUCAAUCUCGAGUCGGCCAUGAUACGCUCGACGACCAUGCGGCCGGCGCUGGGCCAGUGUCGAGCUGGCAUUCGUUCAGCCGCCAUGAGCUCCCAGAGAUCAAGUCUUGCACUCCUCGCCGCCCACCAUAUCCGUCUCUUUUAUCGCCCAGCUCAGCAGUGGGCUGGAAAGCGGAACCACGUCCGCCCUCAUAAUACAACGCUCGUCCCCGUUCGAAACGCGUCGGACUCUCCAUUGCCCCCCUCCGAAUUGGUCCCGCCCGUUCACUCAACCCCCUACUCCGAGCUCACCAUCGGCGUCGUCCGCGAGACCUAUCCAAACGAGCGGCGAGUAGCCAUCACCCCUCAAAAUGCUGCCCUGCUCCUCAAGAAAGGAUUCAGGCGCGUUCUCGUCGAGCGCGGUGCUGGAGCUGCGGCCCAAUUCCCCGAUCAAGCAUACGAGAAGGCAGGCGUCAAGCUGGAAGAACGCAAGACAGUAUGGUCCGAAAGCGAUAUUCUUCUCAAAGUGCGCGCCCCGAGUUUUGACGGCCCGGUGAGCGAAGUGGACAUGCUAAGGGACGGCGCCACCCUAAUUUCAUUCGUAUAUCCCGCGCAGAAUAGAAACGUGGUAGAGAAACUAGCAAGCAGAGGCACGACCGCCUUUGCAAUGGAUAUGAUACCUAGAAUCUCUAGGGCUCAGGUCUUUGAUGCUCUGAGCUCUAUGGCCAAUAUCGCGGGUUACAAAGCGGUAUUGGAAGCAUCGAAUCACUUUGGCAGGUUUCUGACUGGUCAGAUUCCUCCAUGCAAGGUUCUAGUCAUUGGAGCUGGAGUUGCAGGUCUGAGUGCUAUUGCCACAGCUCGCCGCCUCGGAGCCAUCGUGCGAGGAUUCGACACCCGUUCUGCGGCUCGUGAACAAGUACAAUCGCUUGGAGCCGACUUUAUUGAGGUCGAGAUUGAAGAGGAUGGUUCAGGCGGAGGGGGUUAUGCAAAGGAGAUGUCGAAAGAAUUCAUCGCAGCCGAAAUGAAACUCUUUUUAGAGCAAUGCCGCGAAGUAGACAUCGUAAUCACUACUGCCCUGAUUCCUGGCAGACCUGCCCCCAAAUUGAUUACAGAAGAGAUGCUUGCUGCUAUGAAACCUGGCUCGGUAAUUGUCGAUCUUGCUGCUGAGGCUGGUGGAAACUGCGUGGCAACUGUCCCAGGGAAGCUAGUUGAGCAUAACGGGGUUACUGUCAUCGGGUAUACGGAUCUCCCUUCUCGGCUUCCAACACAGUCGUCAACGCUCUACUCAAACAACAUCACCAAGUUCUUGCUUUCUAUGAAUCCAGAAGAGAACAAAUUUGGCGUCGAUUUAAAGGACGAGGUAGUUCGAGGAUCUAUUGUUACUUAUAAGGGCGGCAUCGUCCCCACUGCUCCUCGACCCGCUCCUCCGCCUCCACCGGCCCGUCCCGCCCAACCUGCUGCUGAUGCGGCGGCCGCGUCGGCCCUGGCUCUGACACCCUGGCAGAAGACUUCCCGCGAGGUUGCUACCGUCACUGGUGGAAUGGGACUUGCACUUGCGCUUGGUAAGGCAACCGGGCCAAUAUUCAUGGGCAAUGUCUUUACUUUUGCAUUGGCCGGGCUUGUUGGUUACCGCACAGUUUGGGGUGUGGCUCCUGCUCUUCACUCGCCGCUUAUGAGCGUGACAAAUGCUAUAUCUGGUAUGGUUGGUGUUGGUGGGUUUUUCAUCAUGGGUGGUGGAAUUCUCCCUCAUACUAUCCCGCAACUACUGGGUUCCCUGUCCGUUCUCCUGGCUUUCGUUAAUGUGUCUGGUGGUUUUGUGAUUACAAAGCGAAUGCUGGACAUGUUUAAGCGUCCCACUGAUCCUCCGGAAUACCCUUGGCUUUACGCAAUUCCAGGUGCCGUUUUCACUGGAGGUUAUCUUGUAGCUGCCAGCACUGGCAUGGCUGGCCUUGUCCAAGCUGGGUAUCUUGCCAGCAGUGUGUUAUGUAUUGGCUCGCUUUCUGGUCUUGCUUCCCAAGCCACUGCCCGGCAAGGAAAUAUGCUGGGGAUAUUGGGUGUUAGCUCUGGAGUCUUGGCAUCUCUUGGUGCCGUUGGAUUUCCUCCCGAAGUCCUAAUGCAGUUCGCUGGAGUUGCUGGCAUGGGUAGCAUCCUUGGAUUGAUGAUCGGCCGAAGAACUACGGCUACAGAUCUUCCUCAGACAGUGGCUGCGCUGCAUUCAGUCGUUGGCUUGGCUGCGGUGCUGACCAGUUUCGGGAGCGUAAUGGCACACAUUGGUGAUAUCUCGAUGUUGCAUUUAGUCUCCGGAUACAUGGGAGUUUUGAUCGGUGGUGUCACCUUCACCGGCUCGAUUGUCGCCUUCCUCAAGCUUGCCGGACGUAUGUCUUCGAAGCCUAUUCGCAUUCCAGGCCCUCGUCACCUGCUCAAUAGCUCCCUCCUUGGUCUCAAUGUGGCUACCAUGGGCACCUUCCUCGCCAUGGCCCCUGGUGCACCAUUAAUUGCUGCUGGUUGUUUAGCUGGAAAUGCUGUACUAAGUUUCCUGAAAGGGUACACGACUACCGCUGCUAUUGGUGGCGCUGAUAUGCCUGUGGUAAUUACCGUUCUAAACGCCUAUUCCGGCUUCGCAUUGGUCGCCGAAGGAUUUAUGCUUGAUAACCCAUUGCUUACCUCUGUUGGAGCUCUCAUUGGAUGCGUGGCUAUGAAUCGUGGUAUAACGAACGUCCUCUUCGGUGGUAUAGCACCCGCUGCGGAUAGCGAUUACAAGAUCGAAGGGGCAAUCACCAAAACUACCGUGGAUGAAACAGCGGAUGCCUUGGCCACUGCAGAGAGUGUGAUUAUCGUCGUCGGAUAUGGAAUGGCCGUUGCCAAAGCGCAAUACGCCAUCUCCGAUAUCACUCGCAUGCUCAAGCACAAGGGUGUUAAUGUCCGCUUCGCUAUCCAUCCGGUUGCAGGUCGGAUGCCUGGGCAGUGCAAUGUGCUCCUUGCAGAAGCUAGUGUGCCUUACGAUAUCGUCCUGGAAAUGGAUGAAAUCAACGAUGACUUCAACGAGACUGACGUGACGCUGGUCAUUGGCGCAAAUGAUACUGUCAACCCAAUUGCCCUCGAACCCGGCUCUAGUAUUGCUGGUAUGCCAGUCUUACAUGCUUGGAAGAGUAAGCAGGUCAUUGUGAUGAAGAGAGGAAUGUCGAGUGGUUAUGCCGACGUUCCCAACCCGAUGUUCUUCAUGCCGGGAACGAAGAUGCUCUUUGGUGAUGCGAAGGACUCUUGCGAUGCCAUCAAGGGCGCGCUCGAGAGCCGCAACAAGAUGUAUGAUGUGUGA